AUGAAUGAUCGUUCCGGCACAACUUAUUUCUCCCGUAUCUCUGCAGUGAUGGCACGUGAUUUGGGCUACGACAACCCACAAGCUGUUUCCUUGAAGGAUCCUUCGUUUGCCAACUCACCCGUGCCUAGCCAUUGGCGUGUUUUUGCCUAUGUAUUGGAUGGAAGUCAGCUUGUGGUCGGAUGCUGUGUGGUUGAAGUUCUUACGACGACCUUUAUCACUAGUCAGGGUUACAGCGUUCGUCGUCUGUCUGGCGGUCGCGAGGCGCUUUUAUCUUGGCGCCUCCUAUCUCAAGAGAAAGUUGAAUGCCCCAAACCUGCCAACAUACCUCUAUCCGCUCCAGAACAGCACACACUUCCGCUCCCUUUGUGUGGAGUUCGCAGGCUAUGGGUAUCUGCCAAAUAUCGACGGAAAGGCGUAGCCACUCGAUUGUUAACAUGUGUUUUGUCAAAUCUGAUUUAUGGCCGUGUGUUGCUGAGAUCUCAAGUGGCUUUCGCAGAACCAACUGCCAGUGGAGCAGACUUUGCUGUUGCUUUCACAGGACGAGAAGAUUUUAUAAUUUAUUANUAUUAA